AUGAAACAAAACACUUUUGAGAAUUCGGAAUGGAACUCACUCACUCGAUUGGAAUUGUUGGAUUUUUUCUCAAAUUCUUCCAUAGCAUCAUCAACCUCACCUCCGAUAGAAAUUCAACCUUUCACUCAUUUGGAAUUAUUUUCAAAAUUCCGAGACAAGAUGAGACGUGGUAAAACACCCAUCCUGCCCUUCUCCAUCACAACUUUCAAACUCGUGAACACGAUCAAGAAAUUUUCCGUUCGCUCUGAACUAAAUAUUUUCAAAUGUAAUGAUCAAUCAAGGAUGUUUGAUGGUAUUGCUGAUGUCAAAGACUCUGAAAAGGAAUACACAAUGGAUGCUCCAGUGGGGAUUAAAAUUUCACACCAUCAUCAAUGUAUCAUUGUGAGUGAUUAUAACAAUCAAAAUACGAUCAUUGUCGAUUUGGAAAAUUGUAAAUCAUUGAAAAAGAUUCUUCCUAUUCAAACAAAUGCAAUUGAAUUGGACAGAAAUUAUAAUGGUCUUCAUCAAGAUGCCUUGUUGUGCUUUAGGAAAUCUUGUGUAAUGAAGUAUGAUUUGAAUCAACUCUUGACGGAAUCAUUUGAAUCUGUUACACCUUUAUGGACAUCCACGAAAUGUUCAGCUUUGGUAGGAAUGACAAUUGUAGGACAAGAGGUUUUAGUGACUGGUGAUAACAAUCGUGUCUAUGUAUUAAGCUUGCUGAAUGGAGAAUUAUUGCAAACCAUGACAUUGCCAGACACAAUUUUACGUGCGACAGGAAUUGAUGCUCUUUCACACAAUGAAGUAGUAUUGGGAGAGGGUUAUCCCUUUGAUCGAUUGAUUCUUUGUAGAAAAAUUGAUAACACUUGGAAAUUUGUUAAAAUUUUAGUCGAAGAAAGUGUUGAAAGAGAAAAUGAAACACCCUAUCCUUAUCAUUUAGUGAUUGAUAGAGCAACAAGGAAUAUAAUUGUGAGUUCGUGCUAUGGCCUUGAACUUCGAAUUUUUUCUCCAGAUGGACAAAAACGAAGAACGUACGGCAAGGAUCUAUUGAGUUAUCCUGAAGGAAUGUGUAUUAAUGAGCUAACAGGAGAGCUAUUUGUUUGUGACACUGAUCACUGCAGUAUUCAUAUUUUCAAGUAA